AACUUUGGAUACGUUAUUUGUAAUAUUUCGAUUAAUUUGAUAUUAGCACACAUCCUUUAUAGAAAACAAAUAGCUAAUUUCUGUAUAGAUGCCAAAAAACUUUUUAACUUCUGCUAAAUAAAAUGCCAGUUUGCUAUACAACAGUGUAUUUUUCUGUCCUUUGAAUCGAAACUGAUAAAUUAAGUUCAAUGCUGUGCUAACACAUUCCGUGUACACUUCUGUUUAAAAAAAUUGCAGUCCUAUGUAAUUUGAGUGUCAAGAGAGUCCCCGUCUGUCUGUGCAAAGUACGGUUACUUAGCAACGAUCUUACAAAACACAAUGCUGCUCUUAAAUGUCACGUUAACCGAGUUGUAAAGACACUCACGCGAAAUUAUAGAUUUUUAUAACAGCGUCGCUAUUGUUACAAUUAUUACGUUAAAUUUUCUAUAAUUUUUAAAAAAAGUAAAACGUUUUUUACGCGUUUUAUUUGGUGCAUCAAUAAAAAUGGGUCCCAAGAAAGCAAAAGGAAAAGCGGUGGAUACCGUUGAGGGAGUGGAUACAACAAAAAUGAACAGAGAACAAUUAGAGAUAUAUGCUCACAAAAUUUUAGAAGAAAUGGAACGCGAACGUGAAGAACGAAAUUUCUUUCAACUGGAAAGAGAUAAGCUGCGCACUUUUUGGGAAAUCACGAGGCAUCAGCUCGACGAAGCGCGUGCCGCAAUCAGAAACAAAGAACGUGAAAAAGAGGAAUUGGCGGAGAAGCACGAGGCCGAACUUAAGUUAUAUAAACAAAAAGUGAAACAUUUGAUGCACGAGCAUCAGAACAAUUUGUCCGAAAAUAAGGCUGAUCAUCUAGUUGCGCUCAAAUUGGCGCAAGACGACCACAAUGCUCAAGAAAACGAGCUUAUCAGAGAUAAGAUAGAAUUAAAAAAGCUGCAGAAAGAGCAGGAACUAGCGCACGUGGGUGUGAUCCGCGCGUUGAAGCUGAAACAUUCGGAAGAAAUGCAGAAUAUGAUGAAAAAAUUCGAAUCUGAAGCGAUGGAAAUGGAGCAAAAGUAUGAACAAAAAUUAACCACUCAGUACGAAUCCCUGAUACUAAAGCAUCGUAUGGAAAUGACAGAAGUGGAGGAGCGAAAAACCGCGCAGGUCGCGGAUCUCAUAAAAAAUCACGAGAAUGCAUUUGCCGAAAUGAAAACUUAUUACAACGAUAUUACACUUAAUAAUUUAUCGUUGAUUAAAAGCAUGAAGGAACAAAUGGAAGCAAUGAGAAGUAGCGAGGAACGUAUGAAGAAACAAACGCGAGAACUGACAACGGAAAAUAAAAAGUAUUCGAGUGAUUUAAAAGCCACGCAGGAAAUAGUGGCCGAGCUUACCCGUCAACUUUCAAAUUAUGAAAAAGACAAACAGUGUCUAGCCAAUACAAAACGAAGACUGUCCGCGGUGACAAAGGACUUGGAAAAUUUAAAAUGGGAAAACGAAGUUCUCGAACUGCGUUUCGAAAAAUGUCAAUCCGAAAGAGACGAGUUACAUUCCAGAUUCGUUUCGGCGAUUUUCGAUCUACAACAGAAAACAGGUUUGAAGAAUGUACUUUUGGAAAAAAAACUGGAAAAGUUGUCGGAAGUACUGGAGCAACGUGAAGCGCAAAUCAGCGAAGUGUUGGCAGCUGCCCAAUUGGAUCCGACGGCGGUGGUUAGUGUAAAUAAGAAAUUGGAGGAUUUGCUCAAUAGAAAAAACGCUGCCAUACAAGAGCUACAAUAUGAAUUGGCGAAAGUUUGCAAGGCGCACGAUGACUUAUUAACGACUUAUGAGAGUAAAUUGCAGGAAUACGGAAUUCCUAAAGCUGAACUUGGAUUUCAGCCGUUAAGGAUGAAAGUAGCCGGCGCGAAAUUGGGUUUAGGUCCGGCUGGUCUCGUUACCGCAAAUCGGUAACGCAUUUUACAACAAUUAUAUUAUUGCAGUAUUAUACACAAUCGAUUUGUAUGAUUUGGUGAAGAUAUUCUGUCUCAUUGAAAAACUCGCACUGACGUCAAUAAUUGUUUACCUUUUGCCAAGAUCAAAGAUUUCGAUAAGCUCGAUAAUUACAUGCAUUUACGCGUGCAAAUGUUUCACAAGUGUAUUUUUGAUGCAUGUGUGCGCAGCGAUAUUCCUUCGGAAACCUAAAACAUUUCAAAAUGUGUUAAUAUAAUCGACAUGUAGAAUCUAUUUUGACACAUAGUACUUUUAUUUUGUAAAACACGAAUACAUUUUCAGCAUAUCGCGUUAUGUUCUCAAAAAUUACAUAAAAUUAUCACAGAGAAUGUACAGAGUAGAUCAUAUCGAUGCCUGAAAGUUGUAUAGUCUCAAUAAUUUCGCACAGUUCUCAUUUGUCUCGCUUUCUGAUCUAAUUAUCUCUUGUUGCGCAAUUUACGUCACAUGACAAUGAGAAAUCAUGAUAUUGUGCACACAAUUCCCAUCGGUAAUUCCGUUUUCGUUGAAAUCAGCACAACUUGUCUCCGCGUUACAUUUUCGCAGCAGAUCUAACAACUGGCAGGCACAAAUACAUUGAAGAUACAUUCAUGUUUAGAUGUUGACAUAUAUAUAAAUAUAAAUAUAUAUAUAUAUAUAUAUUUAUAUUUAUGUAUAUAUAUAUAUAUAUAUAUACACAUAUAUAUACACAUAUAUAUAUACAUAUAUAGAUAUAGACACACUGACUAGUCUAGCUUGUAAAACACUAUAGGUCAAAUACAUCAGGUCACAUGGUUAAUUUUAAGUACCGACUUUUUAUGUAAAAUACUUCCUCGCUCGGGUGUCUCUCUCUUUUUCUUUCUCUCGUGCGUAGCAGAUAAUUUGCAAA